CUUCUUCAUCUAUUAUUUUUUCAAGUUCGGUGUGACAAAUGGAGAAAUCAUCACCUCUUCUCUCUGAAACCAACUCAACCGAUGAUGGAUCAACUUUGAGUCUUGACCCGAUCUCACAAUUGUCUUCCCUGGAUGACAUGGUUGAACAAAGUUUGGGAGGUUUUGGAUGCAGCCAGUUGAUACAAGUUCUUCUUGUAUCACUUCUAUUAAUCUUUGAUGCUCAACAAACAUUCCUUAGCGUCUACACAGAUGCUGAGCCAACAUGGCAUUGCACAAAUAGUUCCACCUGUAACUCAAGCUCCAAUAUCUGUAAUCUCUCCAAGAGCUCAUGGGCUUGGGAUGGCCCUUCUCACAAGACAAUCAUAUCAGCAUGGAGCCUGGAAUGUGCUUCUUCAAUUCUCAUUGGCUUGCCUUCUUCGUGCUUCUUAGUGGGUUGCCUGUUGGGUGGAUUUGUUCUCUCUACACAUGGUGACUCAUCUCUUGGUCGUAAGAAACUGCUUCUCCUUUCAUGUUUUGCUAUGUCUAUUACUGCUUUUACAACCAUUUUCUCCACCGAUAUUUGGAUAUACUCAAGUUUCAGAUUUGUGUGCGGGUGUUUUCGAGCUUCAAUAGUCACAACAACUCUUGUUUUGUUAAUGGAGAAGGUGGGAAAAAGAUGGCGAGGCCAAGCAGGAAUUAUUGGAUUUUUCAGUUUUUCUCUUGGAACAUUGACGUUGCCAGCUCUUGCUUACAUAAAUAGAAAUUCUUCUUGGAAAACCCUUUAUGUUUGGACUUCAGUUCCGGGAAUCUUGUACUGCAUAGCAGUCUUUCCUUUUCUUAGUGAAUCGCCAAGAUGGCUUCUCAUCCAUGGAUAUAAGGCUGAAGCUUUGGCAGUACUAAGAAAACUUGCUUCAUCAUCAUCGUCAGUUAAUUUUGAUAGCUUAAACCUGAGUUUGUCCAAUAUCCCACUUCAAGAAGAAGUACAGAAGUUCCAUCUUUAUUCAUUCAUGAAGGAGAUGUUCAAUAGAAAAUGGGCUUUACGGAGGUUAUUGUUGGCUAUGGGUGCUGCUUUUGGCAUAGGAUUGGCUUACUAUGGCCUGCUGUUAGGCGUUGGAAAUUUAGAUUCAAAUAUAUAUCUGAGUCUUACUUUCAAUGCGUUGUUAGAAAUACCUGCAUAUUUUCUAUCCUUUUUUGUUAUUGAAAAAUGGAAAAGGACAAGUUCAAUGCUAGCAUUUUGUAUAGUAAGUGGGAUAUGCAGCAUAAUUUGUGGCAUAAUUGGCAAUGGACAGAAGGUCUUACAAUUUGGUCCGGAGCUUGCUUCAUUCUUUACCGUCUGUGUAGCUUUCAAUGUGUUACUGAUUUAUGUCACUGAGCUGUUUCCCACGUCCGUAAGAAACUCUUCUGCAUCAAUGGUGAGACAGGCAGUCAGUUUUGGUGCUGCUUUUAGUCCAAUGCUAAUUUCAGCUGGGAGGCAAAAUGGGUUGGUCUCGUUUGGAGCGUUUGGGUUAUUUGUACUGUGUAGUGGUGGAUUCCUGGCUUGCUUGCCUGAGACAAAAGGUGUGCCUCUUUGUGAAACCUUGGAUGAACAAGAACGUUUAGAUGGCAACUCUGUCCAUGUAACCUGAUCAUUGAAGGGAGUGAAAUCAUAUCUUAAAUUUUAGUCAGCAGCCGUUGAAUUUGUGACCAAGGGCUGCUGGAACUCAGCUUGUUCGAAUUGUUAAACAAAAGAAGAAGGAUCGCCAGCAAGGUGAGCUCCGAUGUAGUGACGUUGGCCAAACGAGCAGGUUUGAGCCAAGCAAAACAACGAUACAAGCUCGAGCAAGCUUGUCAUGGACUUGUUUUCUUGCUCUGCAUUAUUUUCCCUGUAAUCAAAGCAUUCAUUAGUUUUGUCAAUAUAAGUAAAUGCUU